GUCUGGGCAGCCCCAACGCUGCGCGCAGCAGCCUUCCUCCGCUUCCUUCACAGUGCGCUAGCCCCCGGGCUGGCCAGGGCGCCUGGAGUGUGUCCCGGAGGCCACCGCCUCCCGACGACAGUUCACCUGGACGGGCGCCUGAGUUCCAGGUCGCGUUGUUGCCGACGCAGUCGCCGCGCAGCCCGUGGGACUCCGUCUGAAUCGGAUUAAUCCCGGAGAGCCCGAAGGCAGCCUCUCCUGGGCAGAGAUGCGACCCUCAGGGACCACGGGAACCGCGCUGCUGUUGCUACUGGCCGCGCUCUGCGCCGCAGGUGGGGCCCUGGAGGAAAAGAAAGUUUGUCAAGGCACAAGUAACAGACUCACCCAACUUGGCACUUUCGAAGACCACUUUCUGAGCCUGCAGAGGAUGUUCAACAACUGUGAAGUGGUCCUUGGGAACUUGGAAAUAACCUACGUGCAAAAGAACUAUGACCUUUCCUUCUUAAAGACCAUCCAGGAGGUGGCUGGCUAUGUGCUCAUUGCUCUCAACACUGUGGAGAAGAUCCCUCUGGAGAAUCUGCAGAUCAUCAGGGGGAACACUCUAUAUGAGAACACCUAUGCCUUAGCAGUCCUGUCCAACUAUGGGGAAAACAAAACUGGGCUUAGAGAACUGCCCAUGCGGAACUUACAGGAAAUCCUGACUGGCGCUGUGCGAUUCAGCAACAACCCCGUCCUCUGCUACGUGGAUACCAUCCAGUGGAGGGAUAUCGUGCAGGAUGUCUUUCUGAGCAACAUGUCAAUGGAAUCACAAAACCAGCCGAGAAGCUGCCAAAAAUGCGAUCCGGGCUGUCCAAAUGGAAGUUGCUGGGGAGGAGGAGAAGAGAACUGCCAGAAAUUGACCAAAAUCAUCUGUGCCCAGCAAUGUUCCCGGCGUUGUCGUGGCAGGUCCCCCAGUGACUGCUGCCACAACCAGUGUGCCGCUGGGUGUACGGGGCCCAGAGAGAGUGACUGUCUGGUCUGCCACAGGUUCCGAGACGAAGCCACAUGCAAAGACACCUGCCCACCGCUGAUGCUGUACAACCCCACCACCUACCAAAUGGAUGUCAACCCGGAAGGGAAGUACAGCUUUGGAGCCACCUGUGUGAAGAAAUGCCCCCGAAACUACGUGGUGACAGAUCACGGCUCGUGUGUCCGGGCCUGCGGUCCUGACUACUAUGAAGUGGAGGAAGAUGGUGCUCGCAAGUGUAAAAAGUGUGACGGGCCAUGUCGCAAAGUUUGUAAUGGCAUAGGCAUUGGCGAAUUUAGAGACACGCUCUCCAUAAAUGCCACUAACAUCAAACACUUCAAAUACUGCACUGCCAUCAGCGGGGACCUUCAUAUCCUGCCAGUGGCCUUUAAGGGGGAUUCCUUCACACGGACCCCUCCUCUAGACCCACGGGAACUAGAUAUUCUAAAAACCGUAAAGGAAAUAACAGGGUUUUUGCUGAUUCAGGCUUGGCCUGAAAACUGGACCGACCUCCAUGCUUUUGAGAACCUAGAAAUCAUACGUGGCAGAACAAAGCAACACGGUCAGUUUUCUCUUGCGGUUGUUGGCCUGAACAUCACAUCAUUGGGAUUGCGUUCCCUCAAGGAAAUAAGCGAUGGAGACGUGGUCAUUUCAGGAAAUCGAAACUUGUGCUACGCAAACACAAUAAACUGGAAAAAAUUCUUUGGGACUUCCAAUCAGAAAACCAAAAUCAUGACCAACAGAGCCCAGAAUGACUGCAAGGCCACAGGCCACAUCUGUAAUCCUCUAUGCUCCUCGGAAGGAUGCUGGGGCCCUUCGCCCAGGGAUUGUGUCUCCUGCCAGAACGUCAGCAGGGGCAGGGAGUGUGUGGAGAAGUGCAACGUCCUGGAGGGGGAGCCGAGGGAGUUUGUGGAGAAAUCUGAGUGCAUCCAGUGCCAUCCAGAAUGUCUGCCCCAGGACAUGAACAUCACCUGUACAGGCCGGGGGCCGGACAACUGCAUCAAGUGUGCCCACUACAUUGACGGCCCACACUGUGUGAAGACCUGCCCAGCUGGGGUCAUGGGGGAGAACAGCACGCUGGUCUGGAAGUAUGCAGACGCCAACAAUGUCUGCCACCUCUGCCAUCCAAACUGUACCUAUGGAUGUACUGGGCCAGGUCUCCAAGGAUGCCCACUACCAAGGCCCAAGAUCCCAUCCAUUGCCAUUGGGAUUGUGGGUGGCCUUCUCUUCAUAGUUGUGGUGGCCCUUGGGAUUGGCCUAUUCAUGAGACGACGCCACAUUGUCCGAAAACGUACCCUACGCCGCCUACUUCAGGAGAGAGAGCUUGUGGAACCGCUCACACCCAGCGGAGAAGCUCCCAACCAAGCCCUCUUGAGGAUCUUAAAGGAAACAGAAUUCAAGAAGAUCAAAGUCCUGGGUUCCGGAGCAUUUGGCACAGUGUAUAAGGGUCUCUGGGUUCCAGAAGGUGAGAAGGUCAAAAUCCCUGUGGCCAUCAAGGAGUUAAGAGAAGCCACAUCUCCAAAAGCCAACAAGGAAAUCCUUGAUGAAGCAUAUGUGAUGGCCAGUGUGGACAACCCUCAUGUGUGCCGCCUCCUGGGCAUCUGCCUGACCUCCACCAUCCAGCUCAUCACACAGCUGAUGCCCUAUGGCUGCCUCCUGGACUAUGUCCGAGAGCACAAGGACAACAUCGGCUCUCAGUACCUACUCAACUGGUGUGUGCAGAUUGCAAAGGGCAUGAACUAUCUGGAAGAUCGGCGCUUGGUGCACCGUGACUUGGCAGCCAGGAAUGUCCUGGUGAAGACCCCACAGCAUGUCAAGAUCACAGAUUUUGGGCUGGCCAAACUACUCGGUGCUGACGAGAAAGAAUACCAUGCCGAGGGAGGCAAAGUGCCAAUCAAGUGGAUGGCCUUGGAAUCAAUUUUACACCGAAUUUAUACACACCAAAGUGACGUCUGGAGCUAUGGAGUCACCGUGUGGGAACUGAUGACCUUCGGGUCCAAGCCUUAUGAUGCAAUCCCUGCAAGUGAGAUCUCAUCCAUCCUCGAGAAAGGAGAACGCCUUCCACAGCCGCCUAUCUGCACCAUUGAUGUCUACAUGAUCAUGGUCAAGUGCUGGAUGAUAGAUGCCGAUAGCCGCCCAAAGUUCCGAGAGUUGAUUCUCGAAUUCUCCAAAAUGGCCCGAGACCCCCAGCGCUACCUUGUUAUCCAGGGGGAUGAAAGGAUGCAUUUGCCCAGCCCGACAGACUCCAACUUUUACCGAGCCCUGAUGGAUGAAGAGGACAUGGAAGAUGUGGUUGAUGCCGACGAGUACCUCAUUCCACAGCAAGGCUUCUUCAACAGCCCAUCCACAUCUCGGACUCCCCUCUUGAGUUCUCUGAGUGCAACCAGCAACAAUUCCACUGUGGCAUGCAUUAAUAGAAAUGGGCAGAGCUGUCGUCUCAAGGAAGACAGCUUCUUGCAGCGGUACAGCUCCGACCCCACUGGUGCCUUAACAGAGGACAGCCUAGACGACACGUUCCUCCCUGCGCCGGAAUAUAUAAACCAGUCUGUCCCCAAAAGGCCAGCAGGCUCUGUACAGAACCCUGUCUAUCACAAUCAGCCCCUGCAUCCAGCAGCUGGCAGGGACCUGCAUUAUCAAAAUCCCCAUAGCAACGCCGUGGGCAACCCUGAGUAUCUCAACACUGUCCAGCCUACCUGUGUCAGCGGUGGAUUUGACAGCCCUGCCCUCUGGGCUCCCAAAGGCAGCCAUCAAAUGAACCUGGACAACCCUGAUUACCAGCAGGACUUCUUUCCCCAGGAAGCCAGGCCAAACGGCAUCUAUAAGGGCCCCACAGCUGAAAAUGCCGAAUAUCUACGCGUAGCACCAACAAGCACUGAGUUUAUUGGAGCCUGACAUGAAAGGGUGUCACACCAGCUAUAAAAUCUCCAGACUUAUCAUUACCCCAGGACCAAGCCAUGGCAGCACCUCCAAACAGCCAUGCCCAUGUUGUGCCAAAUGUCAGACCCUCAGACUGGUUUGCAACAGUAACUUUGAUGGGCUCUGUCUUUGAGCCGAGCAGUGGGCCCCUCCCCUGACGCGCUUUGGGAAGUUGAAGGUACAUUUUUUUUUUUAAUCCUUCAAACUGUGAAGAGUCUACAAAAAGGCAUCCAUCAUGAAUGUAGUCCAUUGGGACGGAAGUUUACCUCAUGGUGAGGUGCAAGGGGAAGAAAACACACAUUUGGAGAUUUGCUGCACAGGGACCUUUGGAUUCUUAUUUUCUUUAUUGAUUUGAUUCAUGGGCUCUUCCAAGAAGGAAGGAGCUUACUUGCGGUAUGUAUUACACAGAGCUGCCCGGUGCCAACUGUGACAAGUUGAUUCCACAAGCUCUGCUUCAAGACAUUUCUGUGGCAAGACAACUACAUAUACAAGAAGGCCUGCGUGCCUUGAGCAGGCCACACUUGUACAACCUUAAACAAUAACAGGUACAAUAGGAUAAGCCACUUUGUUACUUCCUGGGGCUGGGAGAAGGAGGAGGAAGGGGUAGAAGUUCCCCCUCAGACUUGCUUUUGUAUGAAUCUGUCCCCGGUACUUACACUGCUGGCUUACCGGUGAUUUCUGGCUAUCAGGCCUCCUUGACAUCCUUGUGUUUUCCGUUUCACUGUUUUGAGCUGUAAUAGGCAUUCCCGUCUUGAUUUCGUAAAGUCAACAAGAAACAGUAUUAUCAGAACAACCAUGACUCCGCAUUUGUGCUCAAACCAAAGGCCUUUAAUUCACAUGGGGUGGCAAGGCAACAAUUCAUAGAGGAAUAUAACCCAAGAGUUUAGUCUCGGCAUCUGGUCUGCUGAAGCAUGUCUCGUGAAACUACAGAAAUGACAAUGCUCUUCAAAUCCCUUUUGCCUCCACCCCUCUACACUCCAAAAUCAGCAUAAACCACACAAGAAAAAUCCUUUUUGUAUUUUUAUAAGUGUUUACUGGAGAUGUGUAAGCGGCAAAUUGUCACCCAAGUUUUCUUUCCCUUUGAGAGAAAUUAUCUAAGCUACUCCAUAGUAAGUGGCAACCCAAGGUAAGCUCCGUAUGCACGUUCCGAGAGAAAGAAUGUUAAGAACCAAGUGGAACCCAAGUGGCAAACUUGCAAUAGGAGUUUGCAAGCCACAACAAUGCUUCCAUGGAUGCUUCUGGGAAGAAACCCAUGUCAAAGUAACCCCACUGUCAUUGGUACAUCCAGCUCCUCAAGGUCUCAAUGUUGGUUCUAAAUUUGCUCUUCCUUGCAGCCCAGUUAGUUAAUAUCUGUCUUUGGUAAACACUACUUUAAUGCUCUUGGUAUCCAUCCCUUCCCAUUUAUCAAGGGGUGGAUAGGAAUGGCCUUAUAAACACUAAUCCUAAAGCAAAAUAAUGAAUGCCAGAUAAGUUGUCUGAGCCAGGCACCAAGAGCACAGAGCAGAGAUGGUGCAUUCUGUCUGGGAAGAUCUAGAAAGUUCACAACGGAGAUAAUAUUACCAUUAUCUUCUGAGAUAAAAAAAAAAAAGUCUUAAACACUAGCAAAAUGAAAAGUAUGUUUCCUUAGAGAAUUCAGCCCAAGAGAGCAACGACGGGAAAGCUCUACUAAGUAAGUCAAGUCCAAGGCCAAGCCAAUCAUUGCUCUGCUCCCUCAAGCCUGAGAAUGAGGCUUGCAGCAUCCUGAGUUUCCUAACUAUUGUCCACCCAUGACAAUGUCAGGCUGUCAUUCAUGAAAAUAAGUAGUUAGAACACUAAGCAACAUUUCCAGAGAUGGACAUUCCACGCCAUUCCAUGCCAGGAUAGGCCACGUCGAUCGUUGAUCCACCAGGAAGGCAGAGGAAACAUUUAGCCAGGUGUUGGUUCAAAACUGAAAUUCAAAAUGACCCUGUCACUUGUCAGGGGCAGGCGAUUGGUGAGGGAAAGCAGGAGAAAGCCAGUCAAAUUGUAGCAAUGAAAUCUUAGUAUUUUUGUACUUUGAAACACUUUUCUUAUAACAAAAUAAAGUAGCAAAAACCUUUCAAACCUGCUUUUCUUUUUAUUUAAAUGUUCUGCAUAAACUUUAGCUGUUGCCAGAGUUAAAAUUAUGUUUGCCAACGUGUCCUCACUGUAUCUGUGCAGGGAGUCAUGGGGCUGGGAGAGCUGCCUUGCUGACCCUUUAAAGCAGUGGUACUCAACCUGUGGGUCACGACCCCUUCAGGGGUCAAAUGAGCCUUUCACAGGGAUCACCUGAGACCAUCAGAAAAGAGAUCUUUACAUUAUGCUUCAUAACAGUAGCAAAAUAGCAGUUAUAAAUUAGCAGUGAAAAUAAUUUGAUGGUUGGGGGGGCCACCACAACAUGAGGAACUGUAUGAAAGGGUUGCAGCAUCAGGAAGGAUGAGAAUAGCUGCUUUAAAGGAACCUUAGCAGCCACUGGUGUAAAAGAAACUACAGAGAGGGGAGGUGCCAUGCUGGGACCAUUAUUUCCUUCCAUCCCUGGCAGUCCUGACUCAGCUUCACUCUUCCAUUAAAUAACCAGACUCAUAUGCCUCCCAGUACCUCCUUCCCACCUUCCACAUUGAAUGAGCUGGUCCCACUUAAGAACAGAUGUUAAAAUUUUGCUUAAUCUCUCCUUUCUUUUGAUAAGGAUGUGUUUGUAUAAUCACAUAAUGACCUGUUUACAUUUCCUGGCUUGUGGGCUGUAAAACCUUAACCCCUCCCCCCCUUCCCCAGCCACACCUGCUGUUCCAGAGACUUUGUAUUCUCAGAGCCACAUUUAGAUAGAAUUUGUAAAUGCAGGUGUAUUUUUGUAACUUUUUUGCAGUGUAUUGUCCUCUUUAUGUAGCACUGAACUUUGUAAAGUAUAUUUUUUUUAGGGAAUUCAUUUUUUAACUAAAAACUGCAUGCUUUAGAAAAACUGCAAUAGAAUCAAACUUUGAAAUUAAAAUCUUUGCUUAAAAAUGGUUCCGCAGAGGUGAUGGGGAGAAGUCUCUUUUCUCUUAGGCGAGUGUGCAACCUCAGGGUCGAGAUAAGCUAGGUAGGUCCUUGCCACAGUGAAGGAGACCAGGGUCAUUUCAGAAUCCUUACAGGAAGAAAACACGGACACAAGCUUACUGCUGGUCUGAGCAGGAGCUGCGGAUUCUGGGUUAACAUAAGAAUUACUGCCAGCUCACAACUACUAGAAGAAUUUCAAUGCGUAGCAUUCUCAGGUCAUCUGCCAAUAUGACCUUGUUAGUGUAAGAGAUUCAGUAUCAUAACACUUUGUUGGUUUGUAUAUGCUAAUAUGACAUUAACUCCAAUUAUUUUGCUUUUACAUUUACAAACAUCAUUCACUUAUUACUCUAUACUAGAAGUGUCUGGAAAGCCAUAAUAUUUAUGCUGUUUGGGUUACUCAGUGUAUUCCUGAAGUCUAUCAAGUGCAAACAUGGUCACUCAAAAGAGGGUUUUAAAACCGUUGAAACUUAGUCAUGCCCAAGAAUUAUCAAACAUGAAUCUCUAUAGGGUAAAAUCUGAGAAUUUUUACUGUUUCAGAAAGUCGUAUGUCCCUUCUAAUGUACAGACAAGGUUAAACAUCACAAGCUUGGGGAUGAGCCCUGAACUCACAGAUAUCUGUGCGGAUACAAAUGAUGCCCAAACCCAGAGAAGCCUACGUCUGCUCGUCAGCAUCUCAGUGUUAGGGUGUCAUGUCAGGAACUGAGGCUGCUGUCCAGACAUUAAAGGGUAAAUAAAGUAUCUAGCCAAUGAGCAAGAGGCAAAGGAAUUAUAACACAGACACCCCCACCACCAUUUUUGUGUUGCCUAAGCAAACUCUGUUAAGAAUGGGUGGUCGUGAAGAAAAGGUGUUACGCUGUGUAUGUAUCCACCAUUGUUGGACACCCGCUAACCUGCUGCAACCCACUAACCUCCAAAAGAAAAAUCUUGACCUACUGUUUUACUGUUUUGACUACAAAGGGCAAACGUCAAGACAAUUACCAAAUACUUAGGUGACUUUUGUAGGAAUAAAGCUCUAAGAAAAGGAAUUUUGCGUUAAGAAACACACACACACACACACACACACACACACACACUGAAGCAGCUAAUCCAGGCUAUUCUGCCAUGUACAUAUACACAAUGAUCCUCUGAGGUCUAAGCCUGUCUUGCCUGAAUUACCAGUGAAAUUGCUAGGAGUCAUUACCCCCAACAACAGCAGAAAAACAUAAGAAUUUAAAUUUGUAUGUCUUAGAUGCAUAUUUUACGUGGAAAAUUCAGUUCCUGACUCUCUUGACUUGAGUACCAAGUCUGGUUGCCAUGUAACACAACGGUGUAGAAAUAAGCCAUCCCAGGAUAUAAUGGCUGUUACUAGACGUGAUGACAUGGUUGGUUAACACCAGACAGCAGUAAUUUCAUGUCGGUUUCAUUUGAGCAAUUGCUUUAUAGCUUUUUCUAUGGCACAUUUUAACUUUGUAACGUUUUGCGAUGAUGAAAGCAAUCUCUGUACAAAUGCAAAUCAGGAUCUCUUUUACAUACUGUUGAUAGAACAUGUUGAUUGUACAGUAGGUAUUAAAGAUUUAGGUCUAUGUUCUUCA